UUGCCGCCGCCAUGGCCGGAGCCGGAGCCGGAGCCGGAGCCCGAGCCCGGUGGGCGCCGCUGGCUCUGCUGUGUCUCGCUGUCACCGCGUCCCCGGGACGCGCCGCGGAGCAGCUGCACGUCUGCAAGGAGUCCGAGUACCACUACGAGUACACGGCGUGUGACAGCUCCGGGGCUCGCUGGAGGGUGGCGGUGCCGCACAGCCCCGGGCUCUGCACCGGCCUGCCCGACCCCGUCCGCGGCACCGAGUGCUCGUUCUCCUGCAAGGCGGGCGAGUUCCUGGAGAUGCAGGCGCAGUCGUGCCGCCCCUGCGCCGCGGGCACCUACUCGCUGGGCACCGGCGUCCGCUUCGACGAGUGGGACGAGGUGCCCCGAGGGUUCGCCAACGUGGCCACCAACCUGGAGCUGCAGGAGGGGCCCGGGGACCCCGCCGGGAACUGCACCGGGUCGACGUGGGUGCCCCUGGGGGACUACGUGGCCUCGAACACGGACGAGUGCACGGCCACGCUCAUGUUCGCCGUGAGCCUCAAGCAGGCGGGGACUGUCACCUUCGAGUACAUCUACCCCGACAGCAGCAUCGUCUUCGAGUUCUUCGUGCAGAAUGACCAGUGCCAGCCCACGGUGGAGGAAUCCCGGUGGAUGAGAACGACAGAGAAGGGCUGGGAAUUCCACAGCGUGGAGCUGAGCCGCGGUAACAACGUGCUGUACUGGAGAACCACCGCCUUCUCCGUGUGGGCCAAGGUGCCCAAACCGGUGCUGGUGCGGAACAUCGGCAUCACAGGGGUCGCGUUCACCUCCGAGUGCUUCCCCUGCAAACCCGGCACGUUCGCGGCCGCGCCCGGCUCUGCCUCCUGCCAGCCCUGCCCCGCCGACACCUUCUCCGGGAAAGGGGCCACCGCCUGCCAGCCCUGCGAGCCCGGCACCUACGCCGAGCCCGGCUCGGGGUCCUGCAAACCGCGCCCCCCCUGCACGGACAAGGAUUUCUUCUACACCCACACGGCCUGUGACGCCGGCGGGGAGACGCAGCUGCUGUACAAGUGGGCAGAGCCCAAGAUCUGCAGCGAGGAGCUGCCCGGGGCGGCCCGGCUGCCGCCCUCGGGGGGGAGGUCGCGGUGCCCCCCCUGCAACCCCGGCUUCGCCAAGGGCGCCGGCGGCUCCUGCCAGCCCUGUCCCCGCGGCUCCUUCUCCAAUGGCUCCGCCUGCCUGUCGUGCCCGCCGGGCACGGAGCCCGCGCUGGGCUUGGAGUACAAGUGGUGGAACGUGCUGCCCCCCAACAUGGAGACCACCGUGCUCAGCGGCAUCAGCUUCGAGUACAAGGGCAUCGCAGGCUGGGAGGUGGCCGGGGACUUCAUCUACACGGCGACCGCGGCCUCCGACAGCGACUUCAUGAUCCUCACGCUGGUGGUGCCGGGCUUCAGCCCUCCCAGCCCGCUGCUGGAGGACACGGAGAGCCACGAGGUGGGAAGGAUCACCUUCGUGUUCGAGACCGUCUGCAGCGUGGGCUGUGAGCUCUACUUCAUGGUGGGCGUGAACUCCCGCGCCACCAGCCCCGUGGAGACGUGGAGGGGCUCGACGGGCAGAAGGUCCUACACGUACGUGGUGCAGCACAACGGCACCCUGAGCUUCACCUGGGCCUUCCAGCGCACCCCCUACCACCAGCCGGGCCGGCACUACACGGGUGACGUGGCCAAGCUGUACAGCAUCAACGUCACCAACGUGCUGGGGGGGGUGGCCUCCUUCUGCCGCCCCUGCGCCCCCCAGCCCGGGGGUCCCUGCGCCCCCUGCCCCCCCGGCAGCGCCCUCGACCCCCCCUCGGGCACCUGCCGGCCCUGCCCCCCCGGCACCGUCCUGCGGGGACCGCCCUCGGGAGGGACCCCCUCGUGCCACCCCUGCGGGCCCGGCACGCACAGCAACCAGCUGCGCUCGGUGUGCUACAACAACUGCAGCCUGUGGCUGCGCCAGGCGGGCCGCUCUCUGCUCUACGAGUUCCCCGCGCUGGGCGCGGGGCUGGCCCUGGGCACCGGGCCCGGCUUCACCCCCAAGGGGCUGCGCUACAGCCACCGCUUCCAGCUCAGCCCCUGCGGACACCAGGGCAGGAAGAAGGCCUCGUGUGCCGACUCGGUGCCGCAGGGCCGGGGGGGGGUCCCCGCCCGCCGGGUGACGUCGUUCGUGUGCCAGGCCAUCGUCGUGCCCCCCGACGGCAGCGGCACCCGCGCAGCCCUGUCCUCACAGCCCGUCAGCCUGGGGGACACCCUGCUGGGUGUCACCACCAGCGCGGUGCUGGACGGGGUCGUGUCCCCGGAGCUGUUCCCUGGCAGCCACCCCGACCUGCCUGACAUCAUCUUCUUCUUCAGGUCCAACGAUGUCACCCAGCCCUGCACGGGUGGCAGGGCCACCACCCUGCGGCUGCGCUGUGACCCCCUGAGCCCCGGCACUGGCACCCUGGCUGUCCCCAGCAAAUGCCCCGAGGGCACCUGCGAUGGCUGCACCUUCCACCUGCUCUGGGUGUCCCCGCAGGGCUGUCCCCGCUGCGGCCCCUCCCACUACCGGGCCAUCCCCGGCGCCUGCAUCGGCGGCGUCCAGAAAACCACGUACGUGUGGCGGGAGCCGCGGCUGUGCCACGGGGGGGUCUCGCUGCCCCCGCAGGAGUCCCGGCCGUGCCGCAGCGUGGAUUUUUGGCUGAAGGUGGGCAUUUCCACGGGCACGUGCCUGGCCGUGCUGCUGGCCGCGCUCGCCGCCUACUUCUGGAAAAAGACCCAAAAGCUGGAGUACAAGUACUCCAAGCUGGUGAUGGACGCGGCGGCGCGGGAGGGAGAGGCGGCGUCCCCCGACAGCUGCGCCAUCAUGGAGGGCGAGGACGCCGAGGACGAGCUGCUCUUCGCCACCGAAAUGUCGCUCUUCGGGAAACUCCGAGCCCUCAAGGCCAAGCGCCGGCCGGACGGCUUUGACUCGGUGCCGCUCAGGAGCUCCAGCACCACCCCACGCGAGCUGUGACGGGGCCGGGGGGGCCCCGCGCCCCCCACCCACCCCACGGGUGUGUGUGUGUGGGAGCACCCCCGGCCCCCCCCGCGCCCCCCAACGUGGCCUUAGGGACGCUCUGGGGCCGGAGCUCCCUCGUGGCUUUUGUACCUCGCGCGUGUCCCCACCCGUGUCCCCUCCCCCACCCCCCGAGAUGCCAAA